CAAUCUGGGUCUGGAGGGGCGAGCUAAGAGACCAAGAAUGAAGAUCCUUUUUGUAGCUGCCUUUGCACUUUUUGUGCUUUCUGCAUUUGACAAGGCUGACUCUUCAGCUUAUGACAAGAUAGUUGCCCAUAGUCGCAUCAGGGCAAGAAAAGAAGGACCCAAUGUCUGCGCACUCCAACAAUUCAUGGGGACCAAGAAGAAGUACUUCAGCACUUGUCGUAAUUGGUACCGCGGGUCUAUCUGUGGAAAGAAAGCGACUGUGCUUUAUGAGUGCUGCCCAGGGUACAUGAAGCUGGAAGGCAUGCGUGGAUGCCCUGCAGUGGCCCCGAUCGACAAUGUGUAUGGCACCUUGGGUGUGGUGAAGGCCACCUCAACCCAAAAAUACUCUGACAUCUCUAAACUGAGGCCUGAGAUUGAGGGAUCUGGAUCGUUUACCAUCUUUGCCCCCAGCAAUGAUGCAUGGGAGCUUUUGGAUGAAGAAAUGAGGGGCGCACUAAUCAGCAAUGUCAACAUUGAACUGUACAACGCUCUGCAUUAUCACAUGGCCAACAAACGCCUCUUGACCAAAGAUUUAAAGAAUGGAAUGACUGUCACUUCCAUGUACCAUGACCUUGGUCUUCAAAUAAAUCAUUACUCCAAUGGGGUGGUGACUGUGAACUGCGCCAGGAUUAUCCAUGGUAACCAGAUUGCCACCAAUGGAGUUGUGCAUGUCAUUGACCGUGUUAUCAAAGCUGUUGGCAACACAAUCCAGGAUGUCAUUGAGGUUAACGAUGACCUGACAACCCUGAGUGAUGUGGCUCAAAACUCUGGUCUGCUGGAGAAGCUGGGUCAGCCAGGACAUUUCACUCUCUUUGCUCCCACCAACGAAGCCUUUGAGACUCUGGGCAGUGAAGUGUUGGAAAGACUUCAGGGCGACAAGGAGGUCCUCAAAGCUCUCCUGAAUUUCCACAUCCUGGACUCUGUCCAGUGCUCUGAGGCUAUCAUGGGUGGCACCUCCUACGAGACCCUGGAGGGCAACAACAUUGAGAUCGGCUGUGAUGGCGAGAGUUUAACAGUCAAUGGCAUCAAGAUGGUGCUCAAGAAGGACAUUGUCACCACCAAUGGUGUCAUCCACCUUAUUGAUCAAGUGCUCAUGCCAGACUCAGCUAAACAGGUGAUGGAACUGGUUGGAAGUUCCCAGUCAACCUUUGGAGACAUGGUGUCUGAGCUAGGCCUUUCUGCUUCCAUGCAAUCUGAUGCUGAGUACACUUUGCUUGCCCCCCUCAACACUGUCUUCAAUGAUGAGGUGAUGUCGAUGGAUCAGAGUCUGCUCAGAAUUAUCCUGGAGAACCACAUCUUGAAGAGUAAGGUCGUCUUGGGACAGCUGUUUAACGGUCAGCAGCUAGAAACUAUUGGAGGAAGAUUUCUGAGGGUCUUCAUCUAUCGCUCGGCUGUGUGCAUUGAGAAUGCGUGUCUAAUAAGAGGCAGUAAAGAAGGAAGCAACGGGGUCCUUCAUCUCAUGAGAACUCUGUUGAGACCAGCGGAAAACACUAUGUUUCAGAUUCUGACAGAAAACGGAGGGUUCAAGAUCUUUUUGUCUCUAAUUGAAGAUUCUGGCUUGACCGACCUGCUGAAACAGGAGGGAGACUUUACUCUGUUUGCCCCAAGCGACAAAGCUUUUGCUGGCUUGAGCAGCAGUGAUUUGUCCUUGUUAAGGAGUGACACCGAUGCUCUCAGAACCAUCCUUUUGUAUCACAUCAAUAAUGGUAUCUUCAUUGGUGGUGGUUUGGAGUCUGGGGUGACAAACCUUCUGAAGUCCCUUCAGGGCAGCAACCUCAGAGUGAUGUUUGCAAACAGCUCAAUGCAAGUGAACUCUGUCCUAGUCCCUGAAUCUGAUAUCAUGGCCACAAAUGGAGUCGUUCACUUUGUCAACCAAGUCUUGUAUCCUGGAGAUAUCCCUGUUGGCAGCCAGGAUUGGCUCAUGCUAUUGAAGAGGCUCAUCAGUUACAUGCAGAUCAGGUACAUCUCAGGAUUCAGAUAUCAGGAAAUCCCCCUUACAUUUAUGAAGAGGACCGUGACUCGUGUCAUCCAAGAAGUUCCUGAUGAAAGGAAAGUUACAAGGAUUAUCCAAGGGGAGCCCACUAUCACCAAGGUUACCAGGGUAAUUGAAGCUGAACCGUCCAUCACCAAGGUUACCAGGGUAAUUGAAGCUGAACCGUCCAUCACCACGGUCACCAGGGUCAUUGAAGGUCAAGCGUCCAUCACCAAGGUCACCAGGGUCAUUGAAGGUCAACCGUCCAUCACCAAGGUCACCAGGGUCAUUGAAGGUCAACCGUCCAUCACCAAGGUUACCAGGGUCAUUGAAGGUCAACCGUCCAUCACCAAGGUUACCAGGGUCAUUGAAGGCCCUCAGUUCUCAAGCAGCUAUGGCACCACCAACAUAGCCCUGGAAGGAACUGACUUUUCAGGUAUUGCCAACACUGAAGAGGAUACUGAUAGACUAGCCAGGAUUAUCCAAGCAGGCAAUAGAAGAAGAACUGGUUCUCGGAGAGUUGUAGCUGGCUCCAGGAGGAGUGCAAGAGACUGAGCAUGAACGGAUGAGAACAUCGACGUUGUAGAAGAAGAAAGAGACACCAAACCAAGAGGUUGAGAUUGUUGUUUUAAUACAGGUGAAACACCUAAAAUGCCGGUGAUUUGAAAUAUACUGUAGAAGGUAUAAUUGACAACAACAAUUUUUUUUCUCUUAAACAAUGUAAUGGUACUUUGAAUGUAUAUCUAUUUUGAGUGUGCUAUGUCUAAUAAAAAGUUCAGAAUAUGUAAGUGUAUGUUACAUGUUGGCAUUGCUUUAGGGGUUAAGAUAACAAUAAAAUGUUUUACAUCCAAGCCAUUAGAGUAGCUAUAAAAAACAUUUCAGUUCUAAACCUCUCUGUUUCUUUGCCAGAGGAGACGGUCAAAGCAAGUUUACUAGCUGUUUGGGAAGAUUUAUAAAUGUCAGCAGAAAUGAUGUUGUGUCUCAGAUUAAAACUGUUACAUUAAUUGUUUUGUUCCUGAAGUUUUUUAAGGUUUCAUGUAAAUGUUGUCUUUGCUUGUAUCAUUAGGAUCAAUGUAUUCAGCUGCAGUUUUUUCUUUCCUAUUUUUUAAACAUUUUCCAAUAAACUGCUUUCUUUUAUAUGAAUAUGACGAUUUGAAAAUUGUAUUAGAAGAGAUUGUUGUUUGGAGUAAUUUCGAAUGUACUUGGAUGGCCAACAAUAGUUCAGAAAAGAUAAUCUAAAAUAUACAAUCUCAAUAACAUGUCUACAUUUUCUAAAUAAAAAUUCCUUAAAUUAGA